UCUCUCACUACGAAGCUUCCUGGAAAUUCAGCAUGGCCUCAUCCUUGAGCCACCCAUUUAACCUCCUCCUUCCUCACUCUUUCCACUCACCCCUUCUUCAUUAUUCUCCAUUUUCUUCUCUUUAUCAUCAUCCUCCAUAAUAAUAAUAAUAAUAAUGAAGCUUAUCAAAAACCUCUUCAUUAACUACAAAAAAUCCCGCUCCACCUCCAGCUCCAUUUCCCGAUCCGAAACUCCAUCUUUCGGGUCUUCCUCCGAUUCAGAUUCCCAUCACGGGUCAAAAAAACCACCCCCCGGUUUAUCCACUCCAACGAGCGUGUUACCCACGCGCCCCACCAACGACUGGUCCGAGAUUUCCGCCGAUAUUUACGCUGAACUCGUCCACGCGUUUCAUACAAUGGACACCGAUAACGACGGGAAAAUCCGUAAGGAAGAGCUUGAAGAGAUUUUAACCCGAGUUGGAUCCGACCCGCCAAGUAAAGAGGAACUUAAAUUGUUACUUAAUGAAGUAGAUGUUAACGGUGAUGGAUGUAUUAGUUUAGAAGAAUUUGGUGCUAUUACUUCAGCGUUUGGUCCACCAGCAUGUGACGGCGAAUUAAGAGAUGCCUUUGAUUUCUUUGACGCUAAUCAUGACGGUAAAAUAACGGCAGAAGAGUUGUUUAACGUGUUUCAAAAUAUUGGUGAUGGACGGUGUACGUUAGAGGAAUGUAAGCGUAUGAUAAGAGGUGUUGAUAGAAAUGGAGAUGGGUUUGUAUGUUUCGAGGACUUUUGUCUUAUGAUGGAACAGCAAAGGUGUUAGGAAAAAAAAAAGUGCUUUGAUUCUUUUUUUUUUUUCAAUUUCGUGGAAAAGGGUGUGUUUAUUCAAGGGUGGGGAUUAAUCAAACAAUUUCCCCCCUUUUUUACCCAAUGAACCGAAAUGAAAUUGGCUUACAUA